AUGGUUGGGGUUGCUGCUGAUGUUGUUGUUGUUGCUGUUGUUGUUGUUGCUGCUGCUGCUGCUGCUGCUGUUGUUGUUGUUGUUGUUGUUGUUGUUGUUGUAAUGGAGGUGUUGGUGCCUGUCUCUGUUGGCCGGAUCCCGAGUGGGAGAAGGGAGAAAUCGCCGAGAAUGCAGUGGAUUGGACUGGCUGUCGAGAGAAUUGUGCCGCAGACUGGCCAGUCAGCCCAGCGUGCAGUUGAUGCUGGUGUUGGUGUUGGUGUUGGUGCUGAUGCUGAUGCUGAUGCUGAGGUUGAGCCUGUUGUAGCUGGUGUGGGUGGGGCAGGCCAACUGGAUGCGAGAGGAGGGAAGAAGAGGAGAGCGGUGCGGCGCCGAGGGAAUGACCGGUUGUGGUGA